AUGAGUUCCAAUUCCUCCAUCGUCUCAGAUGAGUUUCUGCCUAAAGAAUAUCACAAUGACUCCUCCAAUGCAGACGAGGAACUCAUUGUUUCUCAUACUGCCACUGAGAAUGGCUUGAGGAAAGUCGUCACUGAAUCUUCAAGAUCUUUGCAUAAUUUGGGUAUCGAUAGCACGAUCCCAAUGCCGAGCUUAACUGCUCCUCCUGUGAGGGACCCAAUGUUUCCCGAAGAAUACAACAUCGAAACAGAAACAGGUCUUGUUGCUGUACAAACUCUACAUUCGCUUGGAAGAGUGAAGACCAUCACAUCGAUGGCCCCAGGUAGUGAGAAAGAGUCUGCUCUUGAACAACUAGAUCCGGAUAUCGAAUUCGUCACUUUCGUUAAAGGCGACCCAGAGAACCCUCAUAAUUGGUCUGCCACAAGAAGAUGGUUGUACACCUUUGUCUAUGCAUGGGCCGUCAUUAGUGCCGCUUACGGUUCGUCCUCUUUGGCCGGUGGUUUGCCAUUGAUCACUGAGAAAUACCAUGUUUCUGAUGAGGUUGCUGCUCUUACGGUGUCGCUUAUGGUGGUGGGUUUCCUUGUUGGUCCACUUCUUUGGGCUCCAUUGUCUGAGCAAAUUGGCAGACGCCCAGUCUAUUUCAUAAGUUUCUUUCUCUACACCGUCAUUAAUAUCCCUAUUGCAUUGUCGCCAAACAUCGCAGGUGUUUUGGUAUGUCGUUUCUUGGCCGGUGUCUUCGCUUCUUCUUCUUUGACCAAUGUCGGUGCUUCUUUGGUCGACCUUCAUGAUUCCACUCGUGGUCUUGCCAUUGCUUUUUUCUCAUUCUGUCCUUAUUCUGGUCCCGUUAUCGGUGGUAUUGUCAAUGGUUUCAUCAGUGUUAACACUAAGAAAUACGCCUUGAUGGUGUGGGUCAAUAUGGCCUUCGCUGGUGUCAUGUGGAUUUUGAUGGCUUUUAUUCCAGAAACAUACGCACCUGUCAUUUUGAAGAAGCGUGCCAAGAAGAUGAGAAAGGAAACCGGUAACAUGAACAUCAUGACUGAGCAGGAAGCUACGCCAAUGUCAUUUGCCGAAUUGGUGAGAACAAACUUGUACAUUCCUCUCAAAUUCAUCAUCGAGGAGCCAAUGCUUGACUUGGUUUGUGCUUUCGUUGCUCUUAUUUAUGCUUUGCUCUACGCUUUCUUCUUUGCAUACCCUGUCAUUUUCAACGAACUUUACGGCUACGGUGACGAAAAGAUCGGUUUGAUGUACAUUCCUAUUUUGAUAGGUGCUGGUUUGGCCGUCAUGGUCACUCCUAUUCUCGAGAAAAGAUACAUGAACAUUAAGAAAGUCAGAAGACCAACACCUGAGGACCGUCUUGUAGGUGCAAUGAUUGGUUCUCCAUUCCCAUGUAUCGCUUUAUUUAUUUUGGGUGCAACCUCUCACAAGGGUAUUAUAUGGGUUGGCCCUGCGCUGUCGGGUAUUGCCUUCGGUUUCGGUAUGGUCUUGAUUUACUAUUCCUUGAACAACUACAUUAUUGACUCUUAUGCCAAAUAUGCCGCUUCUGCAUUGGCCACCAAGGUCUUUUUGAGAUCUGCUGGUGGUGCCGCCUUCCCAUUAUUUGUCACUCAAAUGUACCAUGGUUUGGGUUUGAUGUGGGCUAGUUUCCUUCUUGCUUUUAUUUCCUUGGCCAUGAUUUUGGUUCCUUUUAGUUUCUACAGAUACGGUGCCACCUUGCGUAAGAAAUGGUGUAAACAAGACUACUCUGCGGAACUUUAG